AAAUUAUUUAGUUAUAAUUGAACUUGUGAAUUUUCAAAAUGUUUUCCCAAACAUUUGUGGUAGUCACAUGUUGUUUAUUUGCAUUUGUUCUAAGUGAAACGUACAAUCGCAGAUAUCAUUCAAUUAAUGAAAUACUUGCAAGUUAUGAUUUUCAACGGUUAUUUAACAAAUUUGAAGAGUUUACAACAACAGUCGAGCCACAUACUUCAACAGAAACUGAAAGUUAUACGAAUGUAAUCACGCAAAACUAUGGCGGUGAUCUAACCACUGAGGCAAGUGAAUCUACAACUACGAAUUUCGAAGGUUAUUUCGAUUAUUGUCAAAUUUGUGAUAUACCCGGAACGCAUACAGUUUGUAAAUUUCCAAGAUGUGAAGUAUCAGGGAAUUGUACACUAGUGAAGCAAAUACCACUCAACUCUAAGGAAAAACAGUUGAUAGUAAAUUACCAUAAUGAAUUACGAAACAAGGUAGCCCGUGGCUUAGUCGAAAAUCAACCAUCAGCAUCAAAUAUGCAAGAAUUACAAUGGGAUGAAGAACUCGAAUAUAUUUCACAAUGUUGGGCGAAUCAAUGUAAAUUCGAGCAUGAUGAAUGUCGAAAUACUCAAAAUGGUUAUUCUGGACAAAAUAUUGUUUACCAUGGCUCAACCUUACAAUCGCAAACUCUACAAGAAAGCUUAAAAGGUUUAAUUGAUGAUUGGUUCAAUGAAUAUGUGGAUUUACCAAAUGAAUAUAUUAAAUCGCGUCCAUGGAACAAUCCAACAUUUACAAAUCAUUAUACACAAUUAGUUUGGGCUGAAACAAAUCGUAUUGGUUGUGCACGUGUCUACGCUUAUGAAGAUCCAUUUUACACGGUUUAUUUGUAUUGUAAUUAUGGUCCAGGUGGUAAUGAUAUCAAUAAACCGAUAUAUCUAACUGGAUUGCCGGCUACAGAUUGUCAUAAAUAUGGUUUGAAAAAGAGUGCUAAUUAUAAUGGAUUGUGUAAUUAAUUUUAAACAUAUUUAGUAGUUUAAUGUCAAAUUUAAUAUUUUUUUAAUGAAUAUUUUAGAAGUAUUUUUAAAAUUCAGAAUAUAAUGUUCAAAUCUUUGAAAUAGAUAGUUACUUGUUCCGAAA